AUGGAGCCUACACAGGGAGAGCUCGAGAGUUUGGCCCAUGUAGACGAUAGGCACAAGACACCAGUCGAAGCCAAAGACGGUGAUAAGACCAACGAGAUCAAAUCAACUACGGUGGAAGCAAACAUUUCACCUCGUUGGGAACCCAAGAACUGGGCUCCCGCAAGAAAAUGGACCACAACACUCCUCCUGUCGGCCUUUGCCUUUUUGCAGCCCCUCUCUGAAACUAUGCUCUCCCCAGUGGAGAAGAACAUCUCCCGAGACCUCCACAUCGCACACGCAUACGAGUGGUUGCUCGUCAACUCCCUGGUCCUGAUCGGCAUCGGUCUGGCCCCGCUGGUCCUGGCACCUUUGUCCGAGGUGUACGGCCGGAAGCCGGUCCUCAUCGUCGGGAGCAUCAUCUUCGUCGUUUGGAAUACGGGGUGCGGAGCGGCGAGGACGCUGGGCCAGUUGCUGGCCUUCAGGCUGCUCUCCGGGUUCGGGGCAUCGGUCGCGGACGCCCUCGCCGGCGGGCUCAUGAGCGACCUCUGGCGGGCGGAGGAGAGAGGCAAGGCGUUCGCUGUCUUCAUGGCUGCGCCGCUGAUGGGGCCUGCUCUCGGCCCAAUCUGUGGAGCUUUCAUAUCGGAGGGCAUCGACUGGCGAUGGGUCUUCUGGAUCAUCUCGAUCGCUUCCGCCGUCACCAUCGCCCUUGCCAUAGUAUUCCUUCACGAGACGUACGCGCCAAAACUCGAGCAGCGGCGAGCCAAGAAGCCCGAGAAAAAAGACGGCAGGGACACAACGGAGAAGCCAAAGACAAAGGACAAGUUCAUCUUGGACAUGCGCAUCAACCUGCAGCGACCACUGCGCAUGCUCGCCACGCAGGUCAUCAUACAGCUCCUGGCAGGCUACAUGGCAAUCCUCUACGGCACCAUGUUCCUCUUCCUAUUUAUGUACCCCACGAUGUGGACGACGCAAUACAACCAGACCGUCAGGAUCGGAAGCCUGAACUACAUCUCCUUCGCCAUCGGCCUCAUAAUCGGCGUGAACAUCGCCGGGCGGCUCAGCGACCGCGUCUACGCCCGCCUCAAGGCCCGCAACGGCGGCGUGGGCCGCCCCGAAUUCCGCAUACCGACCAUGGCGAUCGGCACGGCCCUCGUGCCGAUCGGCCUCCUGUGGUGGGGCUGGUCCGGCGAGACGAGGGUGCACUGGAUCGUGCCGAACCUGGGCAGCCUCGUCUUCGCGGCGGGCGUCUACAUGUGCUCCACCAGCGUCUCGGUCUACACCAUCGACGCAUAUACGCAGUAUGCCGCGUCCGCCGUGUCGACGAACCUCGUGGCGCGCAGCCUUUCUGCUGCCUUGUUCCCGCUCUUUGCUCCGUACAUGUUUGACGCGCUGGGGUUCGGCCUUGGGGCAACGGCGCUGGCGGGUGGGUUCGUGGUUAUCGGAACAGGUGUUGUCGUCGUCUUGUGGUUUUACGGUGAUAGGCUUAGGGCUCGUAGUCCAUACUGCGCGGCUGAGAGGGAGGACUAG